AUGUCGCAGGACGGCACCCCCGAGCAGCCGCUACAUGUUGUCCUGCAAGAGAAGAGCGGGUCGGCGAUCUGGGGCGGUGUCAAGUGGAUAGUGAGCACGCUGCUAUACGCCUUUUGCAUUCUGACGCUGGUCAACUUGGCUCUCGAAAGCUCGGGGAUAAUGAAGGCCGCCAACAAGGCGAGCGAGUUUGUUCCAGAACCCAUGACCACGCCCAUGCGCUUCGCCGACGUGCAGGGCUGCGAGGAGGCUAAGGGCGAGCUUGAAGAGCUGGUGCAGUUCCUUAAGAACCCCAAGCAAUUUACGGAUAUCGGUGGCAGGCUCCCCAAGGGCGUCUUGCUCACGGGACCCCCAGGAACCGGAAAAACGCUGCUGGCGAGGGCCGUCGCCGGAGAGGCCGGCGUGCCCUUCUUCUUUAUGAGCGGCAGUGAGUUCGACGAGAUGUACGUGGGAGUCGGCGCCUCAGUGCGCUCGCUGUUUGCAGCUGCGCGCAAGACGUCACCGAGCAUAGUAUUUAUUGAUGAGAUUGACGCCAUCGGGUCCAAGCGCAACCCGCGCGACCAGACGUACAUGAAGCAGACGCUCAACCAGUUGCUGGUUGACCUUGACGGCUUUACGCAGUCCGAGGGUGUAAUCUUUAUGGCGGCGACUAACUUCCCCGAGGUGCUGGACCCUGCGCUUACGCGGCCUGGGCGCUUCGACCGGGUGGUGCAGGUGCCGCUGCCCGACGUGCGAGGCCGUGCCGCCAUCCUCAAGGUCCACUCGAAGAAAAUUCCUCUGGCAGACGAUGUCGAUCUCACCGUUGUCGCACGCGGCACGCCCGGGUUCUCUGGCGCUGAGCUGCAGAAUUUGCUUAACAUUGCGGCGAUCGAGGCCACCAAGAAUCGCGCGAAGAAGGUGACCAACAAGCACCUGGACUUUGCCAAGGACCGCAUCAUCAUGGGCAGCGAGCGCAAGUCUGCGGUGAUCACACCAGAGGCCAAGCUGGCGACGGCGUACCACGAGGGCGGCCACACCCUAGCCGCGAUGUACACGCCUGGGGCAAUGCCCCUGCACAAGGUGACGGUUAUGCCCCGAGGACACGCGCUCGGUGUGACCGUGCAACUGCCGGACGCCGACAGAGAAUCGAUCAACAAAUCCGAAUACCUGGCCGAGAUAGAUGUCUGCAUGGGCGGCCGCGUUGCCGAGGAGCUGGUUUUCGGAAUCGACAAGGUCACGUCGGGAUGUUCGAGCGAUCUGGAGCGGGCAACGAGGGUGGCUACGGCUAUGGUCACGCAGUUUGGCAUGAGCGAAAAGAUCGGCCUCGUGGCUUACAAUGCAGAAGAGCGCGAGAAGCUGUCGGCCGAGGGCAAACGUGCGAUCGAGGGAGAGGUCCGGGCUAUGAACGAGGCGUCCAAUGCGCGUGUGAUGACUCUGCUGGCAAACCAUCGCGAGGAGCUCGACCGUCUGGCGAAUGCGCUAGUCGAGUACGAGACUCUUGACAAGAACGAGAUAGAGCGUGCAGUCAAGGGCCUUCCGAUCGAGCGCGAGCCCAUUCCCACCGAGUAA